AUGAAGGCAUUGACAGAUAUUGAAGCGGUCUCAGCUCCCUUCUUCCCCACCGGAAUGUCAGCAAAAGGUCCGAGUACGCACCCACGACAGAGUGAGGAUAUUGUGCAACAGAUUAAUGGAAAUUUUGGACCUUGGCAGCUGCGCACAAUAUUGCUGAUAUUUCUGUGCAAGAUACCAACGGCAUGGUUUAUGGCCUGCAUCGUAUAUACGGCACCCACGCCCCGAAAGGGCGAACUGGUAUGUCGUCCUGCUUGGAAUGAGAGCCAUUUGGAAACGAGCAAUCAGCAUACACAGGUGGAUAGCCAUUGGGCUGAUGAGCGCAUCACAGAUCGGCAUUUCAAUCUCGAGGUGUGCAAUGCCUAUGCGGAGAGCUUGUCCAAAAGUUUUGUGCAUGCUUGGAAUGCAAGCGGAAAUUCCGGUAUUUCCACGACGGCUCUACAGUGCGCCCAUGUGGAGCACAAUGCUCAAUAUACCUCGUUGGUCACACAAUUCGAUUUGAUUUGCUCGCGACGCGUUCUGGUGGCUGUUACGCAAUCCUCUCAUGCUCUAGGCGGCCUCAUCGGCGGACUGAUCGCCUAUCAGGCGCUAAAGCACUUCAGUCCUCGUCGUCUAAUGCUGAUGGGCAUGUUGGGGCAAAUCUUUUGCGGCAAUCUCACCGGCCUUGUGGACACAUAUCAGCUACAUAUCUACUUUCGUUGCCUCACCUCCGUCUUCUGUGCGCUCAUGUAUACCUCGGGCCAACAUAUACUCAACGACAUCGUUGCGGGAAAGGCGCGCAUAAUUGUAGUCACACUGUCUGAGCUUUUUUGGUCGCUCGGCCUCGUUCUAUUGCCGGCGAUUUCUAUAUAUUUCGAUAGCUGGAGCUAUCUGUAUGUGGCGAUAUCCUCAUCGCUGUUUGUGCUUGUCUGGCUGCACCGUUGGAUAGCCGAUUCGCCCCGUUGGCUGCUGCGGCAUCAGAAAACAGAGCAGGCGCUGCAACUGCUCCUCGAAUCGGCAACUUAUAACAAUCGAAAAAUUCCCCUCACACUUGACGACGAGUUGACUGCCUACGCUGGCCAUUUGGCAAACGAACAGAAACAGAGCUAUUGCCAGAUUUGGGAUGGCGACACAAAGCGCAGCCAACUCUUCUACAUUCACUGCAGCUGGGGAUGUGCGAUGGUGUUGUAUAAUCUGAUUCUGCUCAUGAUACGCUCCUUGGGCGCUGCUCAGGUCCAUGUGAACACGGCUGCCUUGGGGUUUGCCGAAAUGCUGGGACUAUUUGUGGGCCUCUAUUUUAUACUCUACACGCGUCGUCAUUGGCGUUGGGCAGGCAAUCUGAUGAUCAUAGCCGGUCUCUGUAAUUACUUUGUCUGGCUGUUGCCGAAUACACCUCGUAACUCACGUCGCGUGGGUCUGGAGCUCUUCUUCUGGCUGCUUCUCAAGUUCGCCAAUGCGGCCUCAAUUGCAGUGCUCAGCACCUGCACCGGAGAAAUGGUGUCUCCGGAGAAACGGGUCUUCAUGCUGCUCUCCGUGGUCACUUUUAGUCGCCUGUGGCUGAUCUUCUCCCCAUUUAUAUCAACGCUCACUGUGGUGCAUCGACUGCUGCCCAUUACAAUUCUAGCCACCAUGGGCUGGAUAUAUGGCCUUGCUUUGCGGCGUCUGAAUCGAUAUUAUUGGAAUACGGAGCAGCCGCAUAAAAGCCAGGUGCCCACUCCUCGCACCUAUCGUCGCUGCUCGACUACCCUAAUGCGACGCUGCAGCUCCACGGGCUCAGAGAUCAGUGGCAGCAGCACCGAAAUAAUUCCCAUUCCCGCCACAGCUGUCAGUAUCUCCGAUCUGUGGCAAAUCAAUUUUCAAACAAUCACCGAGUGUGAAAGUGGCGCUGAAAUGGAUGAGAUGAGCUACAAGAGGAAUAGCUCGAAGAGUUAG